AUGUCUGAAUUCGAGGGAUCCAAAAUCUAUUACUUCAAGAACGUUGGCAACAACCCUAUCCUGGGCCGUGGUGACCCUCUGCGAUUGUUCUUUGAUGAUGCUGGUAUUAGUUUCGAGUUUAUCAGAGUUACGUUUGGAGAAUGGCCAGAGAUGAAGCAGAAAUUGAUUCAAGAUGGCCAUCGUAUGCCCACUCUGCCUUACCUGUUUACCAAGUCUGGCAAGUUUUAUGGUACUACUGCUCCUCUUCUCAGAUACAUCUCGAAGAAAUUGAACAAGUAUAUUCCCAAAGAUCCCGAGGAUGAGUACUUGGCUGAUGCUUACGCUGAUGUGUAUCUCGAUUGGAUGAGCAAGUGGGUGGAGGCUUUCCUCAGCAAGGAACCCAAUGCCAUGAGCGACUACGAGAACAAGUAUUGCGCCUCUCAACAGGCCAAUUGGAAUAAUAUUCUUGGUGACAGAAAAGGGCCUUUCAUUUUUGGUGAUGAGAUUUCAUAUACUGAUUUCUUGCUCUACCAUCAAUUAAACAACGAUUUUGGCGCCAAGGUCAAUGCUGACAAGUAUCCUCGUAUCGCUGAAUUUGUAAAGGCUAUUCAGAGCAGACCUUCGCUUCAAAAGCAUUUCGAGAUUGAAAAGAAAGAGUUUAAUGAAAUUCAAAAUGAAAAAGGCCAAUAA